UUAAACUCUGCACUCCCUUUUGCUUUAAAGCCACACCCGCUGUCUCUGUCACAGAACCAGGAAGUUAAUUUCAGAGGAAACAAAACUAAAACUAGGACUGACGCUCUCUCUCUCUCUCUCUCUCUCUCUCUCUCUCUCUCUCUCUCUCUCUCUCUCUCUCUCUCAUUGUGUGAGUGCAGGAAAAUGGCAGAGGCUAGUAUUUCAGUAGAUCAGGAUCAGUUGAAAUGUCCAGUUUGUCAGAAUCUCCUGAAGGAUCCUGUAGUUACUCCCUGUGGCCACAGUUACUGUAAGGUGUGUAUUAAUGGCUGCUGGGAUCAGGAGGAUCUGAAGGGCGUCUAUAGCUGUCCCCAAUGCAGAGAAACUUUCACUCCAAGGCCUGUUCUACGCAGGAACAACAUGCUGGUUGAAGUGGUGGAGAAACUGAAGGAGACUGAACUCCAAGCUUCUGCUCACUGUUACGCUGGACCUGGAGAUGUGGAGUGUGAUUCCUGCAUCAGGAGAAAACACAAAGCAAUUAAAACCUGUCUGGUGUGUCUGGCCUCCUUUUGUGAAGAUCAUCUUAAACCUCAUUUUCAGUCUCCUGCCUUUAAGAAGCACAAGUUAGCUGAAGCCUAUGCAGAGCUCCAGGAGAAGAUCUGCUCUCAGCAUGACAAACUCCUCGAGAUCUACUGUCGUACUGACCAAAGCUUCAUCUGUUAUUUGUGUGCGAUGGAUGAUCACAAAGGCCAUGAUACGGUUUCAACUAAAGCAGAAAGAACUGAAAAACAGAAUGAGGUAAAGGAGGAGCAGAUGAAAUCCCAGCAGAGGAUCCAGGAGAAGCAGGACAAGGUGCAGGAGCUGAAACAGACUGUGGACACUAUUAAGAGGCGUUCACAGGCAGCAGUAGAUGAGAGUGAGAAGAUAUUUACUGAGCUGAUCAGCUCCAUGGAGAAAAAGCGCUCAGAGGUGAAGGAGCUGAUCAGAGCUCAGGAGAAAGCUGAACUGAGUCGACCUGAACGACUCCUGAAGCAACUGGAGCAGGAGAUUGCUGAUCUUAAGAGGGGAGUCACUGAGCUGGAGCAGCUUUCACACACACACGAUCACAUCCACUUCCUCCAGAGUUUCCCGUCUCUCUGUGUUUCUCCUGGAUCUGAGGACUCACCCAGCUUCACUGUCAAUCAACAUCUCUCAUUUGAUGGAGUGAGGAAACCUCUCUCAGAUCUGAAAAAACGAGUCGAGGAAAUCUUUGCAGCAGUUCAGAUAAUUUUACCCUCAAACCUGAAGAGUAGAGAAGAUUUUCUUCAGUAUUUCUGUUAUCUGACUCUGGAUCCCAACACACCACACCGUCAACUCAUUCUGUCUGAGAAGAACAGAUCGAUGACAUGGAGUGAAAGAGAUCAGCGAUACCCUGAUCAUCCAGAGAGAUUUGACUCUUACAUGCAGGUGUUGUGUAAGGAGAGUGUGAGUGGACACUGUUACUGGGAGGUGGAUUGGAGCGGUGAUGGUGUGUACAUUUCAGUCUCGUAUAAAGAGAUCAGCAGGAAAGGGCAGUGUUACAAGUGUAUAUUUGGAUACAACAGUCAGUCCUGGAGUCUGUGGUGUUCUUCUUCCUCUGUCUCUUUCCGGCACAACGGCAUUAAGACUGAGCUCCAAGGUCCAGCGUCCUCCAGAAUAGGAGUGUAUGUGGAUCACAGUGCAGGAACUCUGUCCUUCUACAGUGUCUCUGACACGAUGAGGCUCCUCCACAGAGUCCACACCACAUUCACUCAGCCUCUAUACACUGGGUUCUGGCUACCUUUUUAUAACUCAGCUGUCAGGUUAUGUGAUCCAAGAUGAAACGUUAGUAAAUGUUUAGUAAAAAUUAACACUGGAAUGUCAGAUUUAAUUUCUCCCUGAACUACAGUGCCACUUUUGGAUGCACAACCUGUAAAAUACCAAUGAAUUAUUAGUAGUAGUAGUAGUAGUAGGACUAGUAGUAUCUAAGCUUAACCAUCCUAUACUGUGCAUCCGGAAAGUAUUCACAGCACUACACUUUUUCCACAUUUUGUUAUGUUACAGCUUUAUUUUAAAAUGGAUUAAAUUAAAAAUUUUCCUCAAAAUUCUACAAACAAUACCCCAUAAUGACAGCGUGAAAGACGUUUGUUUGAAAUCUUUGCAAAUUUAUUAAAAAUAAAAAACAAAAAAAGCACAUGUACAUAAGUAUAUAAAGCCUUUGCUCAAUACUUUGUUGAAGCACCUUUGGCACCAAUUACAGCCUCAAGUCUUUUUGAGUAUGAUGCUACAAGCUUGGCACACCUAUUUUUGGGCAGUUUCUCCCAUUCUUCUUUGCAGGACCUCUCAAGCUCCAUCAGGUUGGAUGGGGAGCAUCGGUGCACAGCCAUUUUCAGAUCUCUCCAGAGAUUUGGAAUAAGGCUGUAUCAUAACAAAAGGUGGAAAAAGUGAAGCGCUGUGAAU